CAGGAUUAGGGUUGACCCCGGAAGUAAAUACUGUAUGCAGGGCGUUCAUAGCAACCGUUUAUCCCUCUAGGGGUUGCUGUGCGCAGUGAUUAUUUCGCGAUCCCGAUGAGGCCACGGUUCGGGCGGUAAUGCGAUAAUGCAAGACGUCCGGUCAACACCACGUGUCCUUCCACCGAUACCAAGUACAAUUCAGGAUAAAAUUCCACUCAGUCGGCCAAAAAGAAAAAAAGCAAAAUCAAGUAACACAACGGAAGAUAUUGGGCAGGAUACAACAUUUAGGACUUCAGAGAGUAGAGAUCCUCUUACACCAGAAAAAAGAAAGAGGAAAAAAAAGAAGCUACCCCCAGAGUCUGAAACCUCAUUUAAUCAGCAUAAUUUAAUGGUGCAAAAUGGAAAUGAGCCAAACUACCAGACUGCUGAUGAAGGCACAACAAGAAAACCACGCCGGAGGCCCAAAAAAACACGUCCAGCUGAACAGGAGUUUCCUAAUGAGUUGGGUGUCGAGGAAGACGAUAUAAUCCCUGAUGGACAAAUAAUGGUUGCAGAUCCACAUCCUGUUUUCAUUGCACCAUCUGGAUCCAGCCAGCCAGUUGGCAAACUUUUUGUGGAGAAAAAUCGCAGGUUCCAGGCUGCUGACCGUUCAGGUAUAAUCAAAACUGCAGACCAGUUGGAUAUUUUCAUGGAUGUUAAACCAACACGGACCAGUAUGGAUGUAUCUCUCACUGUGCACCGUGUCUUCAGGACGAUUGGACUGUUUAGCAGUGGAUUCCUGGCUGGUUAUGCUGUGUGGAAUAUUGUUGUGAUUUAUGUGCUCUCAGGGAACCAGCUGUCGAAUGCUUCUGGUCUACUAGAGGUUUACAAAGAUUUGGCAUACCCGUCUCAAUGCCUCCUGUAUUUCCUGUUGGCUCUUAGCACCAUUUCAGCCUUUGACAGGGUUGAUCUAGCAAGUGCAUCUGAUGCAUUUCGUGGGCUUCUCACGCUUGACCAGUCUGCUUUGGCUUCAUUCUUGUAUUUUGUGGCACUCAUCCUUGCUUUAAGUCAACAGAUGACAAGUGACAGGAUUAACUUUUACACACCGCCAUCAGAGAACGGCAGCUUGUGGCAGGUGGGUACAGAAAAGCAGAUUCUCCAGCCAUGGAUUGUGGUAAAUUUGGUUGUCACACUCUUAGUUGGCUUGGCCUGGUUAUUUCUAUCAUGUCACCCAGAUCUGGAUCAUAGUGAAGAGUCUAUAUUUGUGCCUGAAGAGGAAGAAUAUCCAGGCUCAGAAAUAGGAACAAAAAUUCAAGCCUAAAGCCUAACUUUUCGUUACUGUGCCUUUUUUAAUACUAUUUUAUGCAUUUUGUAAACCAGUCUAUUUUUUUAUCUGUUUUUAUUCCUUUUUAUAUGUUUAGGUAAAUUAUUUUGAAAUAUAUAUUGUAUCCAAUGUUGAAUUGAAUAAAUGCAAACCUUUUUAUAAAA